GUGACAUGACUCGCCUGACCUGAGCCCCUCCUGGCCAGGCGCGCAGUAUUCCAUAAAUGUUCUUGCAUCUUGUUGCCGCGACAAUCACGAAGACGAGACAUGAACAAAAUUUGCUGGUACCCUCGCUUGCCCUAGCGUAAGGCAUCAUUAAUAAUCGUCUCUUUGCUCGGGACUCAGAAGCGACGAUACUCGUGCGAAAGGCUGAUUUAAUCGCUUGGUCGAUUCUGACUUGCAACAGCGAGGCUGUAUGCGUCUGCAUGGCUUCAGCCAUGUAAAUACUAUAAGAACACAGCAGCUGGGUCAAUGAUCUAGGGGCGGACCGAAGGACCGGCGAGAUGCACUCGGCGCUCGGCGGGCUGCAGCGGCAAGCGCAGCGCCGGCUGCUGGUGGAGGCUGUCCUAAUAGAGGAUGAUGCAGCCCGUGCCGACAUGAAGCAGGAGGUGGCGGAGGGCUGUGAAGACUCGGACGGUCUCGGCACGCAGCGGGCCUCGUGCCCCUCCCGCGACCGGGCCCGCGCCUCGCUGCGUCGCCUGCGCCCCACAGCCUGGCGAUGCACACAGCCUGACGCCCAUGCUGCUGCCAGCAAUGAGUCUGAGGGCUCAGAGCCCUCAAACCAGCUGCUGCAGGCUGUUGCAACAGCCGGCAAGCGCCUGCCAUGGGCGCACCUGGCCGCACGCGAGGAGGCAGCGGCCAGGAUGGGGGUCAGCACGAGUGGGCGGGGUGCAGGCGGAGACCAGACGGAGGCGGAGACUAGGCGGGGCAAGCAGCAGCAGUCGGCGGCUCAGGACUGGUCGUGGCUGGCCUCUCCGCCCUGGGGUGUGGUUCCGCUGCCGCCGGAGCUGGCGUGCCGGGUCGGCCCAGAUGGGCGGCUGCGGCCCGGCACAUGCAGUGCCGAGGCCAUUGCAACACACGCUGAGUCAGUCGCCUCAGCUUGUCCUCCGCACGUGCACUCGGACCCGCACUGCGCUCAGCUGCACACACAGCUGCACCGCAUGACGGCGGCCGUGCAGCAGACGGCAGCUCCCUUGGGAGCUUACAAGCCGUGCUGGCAGGCGCUUGCUGGCAGGACAUUCAACGACGGCUCCGUGCUGGCCAAUCAAGUUGAUAAGGAGGUGUGCGUGAACACACGCCGCAUGGCGGUGGCGUGGACCGGCGACAGCAGCCGCCCACUGCGCCCGCCCACUGCCGCCGACGUCGCGGCCGCCGCGGUGCAGCAACAGCCGCCAAUGGGCGCCCUCAGCUCACCAGCACGUGCGGCGCAGCAGUUGUUGCGCGCAAACAUGGACAAGCUGAUGCGAGAAGCGCGAUUGGACCGCGAGGAAUGGGCGCUCACGACAGAGGACGAGGUGUCAGAGGCUGAGGAGUUGCUGCAGUUGCCAGAGGCGGAGGGGCUUGCGGGCGCGGCCGCGCGGCUGUGGCGCCUUCAGCAGCAACCGCCCAGCAGCCGCGCGCACAUGGCAAUGCUUCAAACUCUGCUGUUAGAGUCGGCCGAUUCUAUUCUGUCGCUAUCGGCUGAGCACGCCGCGGCUGCAUUUGCCGUAACGGAGGCACCGCACAGGAAGCUUCUGCUAGCCGCCGUGGCCGACAUGCAGGCCGGCGGCGGCAGCGGCUUGAACCAUGUGUCAGCAUCCUGGCGGCUCCUGGCGCAUCUUCUUCCGGCCUGGACAGCUCCCGGUCAAACCACGGAACUGUGGGCCUGGCUGUUGGAGACGGCCGCAGGGGCCGCGGACGAAGCCUGGCGGCCGCAAGGGGCCGGCCCUGACAGCAGCAGUAGCAAUGCACACGUUACUGAGGCCGUGCACCUGGUGCUGCGUGGCGCGGCGUGCUUCCUCGCCCUCCUGCUGGGGACCCGCGCCAGCGGCCUCAACAAGGUGGCGGCACAGGGGGGGCUGGUGUGGGUGCCGCCGAUAGUCGGCAGCCUCGAGGACGUCCGCAGCCUGCGGGCUCUGGAUCCGUUGGCCAUGGCGGUGGCAUGGCCGGCAUGGCUGCUGGCGAGGGCGCAGCAUCAGGCGCAGGUCACGCCCAUGCAACUGUACCGCACCCUGCUGCUGGGGCAGCUGCCAGCCGUGGCGCCGCCGCCGCAGCUGCGCUGGCCAGCAGCCGCAGCCGCAGCCAGCGGCGCCCCAGCAGCAGGGGCGGCGGCGGUGGCGCCGCCGCCGCCGCCCCUGUCGUACGGGCACUGCCUGGCCGUGAUCGAGUCAUUCGCGCGCGAUGCGGCGGUCAUUGCCACGUGGACGGAUGCGCUGCUGGAUGCAACGGAAGAGAGCAUUCCGAUCUGCAUUCAGGUCAUUACGGACUUGCAGCUGCAGCGAUGGCAGGCGGCAUGGGACGCGGCUCGGCGCGACGGUAUCGCCGACGUCGGAGGCAGGGCCGGGGACGAGGGUGCAGACGCUGAUGUAGAGUAUUCAGCGUAUGAUGAGGAGGCGGCCAUAGGCGAGGAGGGGUGUGCGCAGGGCUCGAUUGAGUUGCGACCCCACCAGCAGGCGUGCCUCGCAAAUGCCUGGCUCUGCGACGAUCUCGAACAGCUGCUGUCGCCCCAUGUUGGGUUGGUGACAAUUGCGGGCGUGUGUAUGGCCGGUGGGGAGAAAGCGGCUGCAGCUGCGGCUAGGGCGGCUGCGCGGCGGCUGGGGGUGGAGGGCGUGCUGGAGGAGGCUGCGGCGCUGCGGCCGCCGGCCGCAGCCAUCGUUACGGCUUUGCGCGCGCUGCCGCUGCUUCGGCUGCCGGUUGGCCUGGUGGCGCCGUUGGCGUACCUGUCUGCUGGCGACGGUAAGCUCGCCGUCGCCGGCGUGGUAGCGUGCCGCCAGCAGCAGGGCGAGGCUGGCGGCUGCUGUGACGUGCUGCGGCUGCGUGUGUCGUCCGAGACGGCGAGCCUAGCUGCCAUGGUGAUGCUCCUGCGCUGCCGCAAGCUCUCGCAGUGCUCCGAGGUCAGCGAGUCCGGGUGCCGGUUCGUGUUCCAGCCCAACCUGCCGCUGCCGCAAGCGGCAGCAGCAGCGGCAGCGGGCGGACGCAGGAGCGGCGGUACCAGUGUGGCGGAGCAGCAUCAGGCGGAGGGCCACGAGGCAGCAGCGGCGAUGACGACUCUAGAGGUGUGCCGCUCCUUUGUGCCGUCGUUCAGCUGCAGGUCAGGCAAGCGGCUCUGGCCGUACCCAGUGCUGAGCAUCAACGCGUACGGGACGCACCUGUGGGACGACACGACCACGCAGCGGGACAUGGUGUGGGCGCUGCGGCGGGCGCUCGUGGACCGCGGGAUGGGGAUGUGCGUCGCCUUCGUGUGCGGCCCGGAGACCGUGUGCCGCGCGAUGGCCGCCCUGGCGCAGUUCCGGGCUGAGAUGCUGGAGAACGGGCGGGACGUGGCGGCCUGCCACGGCGAGACCGUGCUGUAUUGCGGGGACGCAUCCAAGGCCGUCGCCUCUAGCGGCAAGCCGGUCCAGGGCCGUCCGUGCCAGCAGCGCAAAGAGCCGCGCAGGGUGCCGCGGAAGGCGGCAGCCGCAGACUCGGACGAUGAGGAUGGCAGCUCUAGCUCAGACGAGGGCAAGGAGGAGGAGGACGAGGAGGAGGAGCACCAGCGCGGCCCGAUCAAGAGGCCGUUCUUGGCUGUGGACAGUGUCGUGAACCUCCUGCCACAGCUGGCUGGAGACGCCCUAGUGCUCAGCCGGGAGCGACUGAGCCCGUCGGCAGGGCCGGUGGCGGCAGGCGGGAGCGGCGGAACGGCGGCGGCGGCGGCGGGUGCUGGAAAGAAGGAGCGGCAGCAGCAGCCGGCGGGCUUGCGCGCGUCGCAGAAGCAGAAACAGCAGCCGCGCACGGAAGCGGCUGUGCGAGAGGAAAAGACAAGUGGCGGUGGGGCUAGCGCAGCAGCAGCGGCAGCGGAACAGCAACAGCAACAGCAGCAGAAGGUGGUUGCGGAGGCAGUUGCCGCUGGGCUUUCGGAGGGAUGCGACGCUUACCUGCGCCUGCUGCGCGAUGCUGAGGAUCUGGUCGAAACGCACAGGGCGCUGGAGGUUGAAAUGCAGGUGGGCGCAAUGCUUCAGCAGCUGCGGCAGGAGCAGCAACGCCUGGACAGCCAAGCGGCAGCCCGGCAGCAGAGCCCCGCAGGCGGGCAGCGGCAGCAGCAGCAGCAGCAGGGGCAUCAAGGCAGGCGGCAGGCAAGGCCGGGGGAAUCGCGGCUGCGACUGGGUGAAGGGCUCUACGCGCUGGAUGACCGAAUGAGCCUGGAGAUGCGUUUUCUGGAGGUAACGCCGGGGCGGCCGUGGGAGCUUGUGGUGCCGGCGCCGGAGCGCGUCCGGGAGUUGGAGGACAAGCUGGGGCGGGAGACGUACGGCAAGCUGCUGUUGGGGCGCUGAUGUUUGACACGCGGGUCGGCUGGUGCACGGCAACCGCAAGGCCGCAUUGGUAGUCUUCAAGUAGACAUGUUUGGGUUGUCGCAGCAUUUGUUGGGUAAAUUGCUUGCCAGGCGUACGGAGAGUCAGUCAACGUCGCAAGGCACCCGUCCUGUGUAGGGUGAGGGCAAGAAAUUCAUACGUCAUAGGAAGCUUGUCGUAGUUAUGAAAGCCGCGGGAUGCGAUGUCAUUGAAAGAAUUGAAGAGACAACGCACCGGAGCGUACGGGGGAAACUUUUCCACGUCAGUUGUGCAAGUAUUGAGUGCCCGUGAUGCGACCCGUGACAGAUUGGCAUGCAGUCCAUUGGACAGAUGAGCGCUCACACG